AUGUUCUCAUCAAUGGGUUUCCCCUCAAAAAGUACAAAAUCGACGUGUCUCUUAUUACUAUUAACUUCUCUACUGAAUACAGCAAGAAGUUUGGAAAUUGUUCUUGAUGGAGACGAUCCACCAAACCCAUUGGUUCUCGUUGGAUCCGGCGAGAAAAUCACGUUGAAAGGGAAAAAUUGUGAAUAUUUCUUAGCCUCUGCCGGAAUCCAGAAAUUGCCAAAUUUCAAGACAGCCUACAAUUUAAAAAACAGUGAUGACUGGACAACGCUCACAUUCACCGCUGAUGAGGAAACUUAUGGGCAAUAUGUUUGUUGUAAAUUGAAGUCGCAUGUGUGCAAUAGUCGCUUGAUAGAGCCGGCUGGGACGAAUAUUUUGAAAGAAAAUGAAAGAUUAUGUACAGAAGAAGAGAAUGCAUGUGCACCGACACAUUCAAGAAGUUGCAUCAUUGAUGCUUUUGAAAACAGGAAAUGCCAAUGUGUUCGUGGCUGGUCGGGUGCUUUAUGUGAUACACCGAUCACUGAAUUGAAUCGCUUCCCGUUCGAAUCCUCCUCGAUUGUAGUAGCGAUUCUGCUUCUUCUAACAAUCGCUUCUGUGGUCUGCGUUUUGGUCAGAAUAUACAGGGAAAAACAAAAGAAGGAGUACGAUCAAGUGGAAUUGGAAGAGGGAAACGGCGUG